AGACAUGGCGGCCACCGGUGACAGUUCAGAGAGCUCUGUGAGGAAAAGACGUGUCGUUAGCGGUGAAACAGAGUCAAAGUGUCCUGACAGCGGUGAAAGAUAUGGAGCAGAGACCAGCGAAGACACGGAGAAAGACAAGAGACCUCAGUCGCUACAGACAGGGACUUACUGGCUCACUCGUAUCGUGCUGCUGCGCUCCGUCGCCUUCAUUUACUUUGUGGCGUUCAGCGUUGCCUACAACCAGAACAAGCAGCUGAUAGGCGAGCACGGUCUAAUGCCCUGCAAGAGCUACCUCAACAGCGUGAAGCGCUACGUGGGGGGAAAGAUAGGCAUGGCCGCCUUCGCGUACACACCUUCCAUCCUCUGGCUACUGGACUGGAGCGACAUGGACGCCAACCUGGACGGCAUCGCACUGGUGGGGAUGGCACUGUCUGCGUUUGUCCUGGUGACGGGAAUGGCAAAUAUGGUGAUCAUGUUUACGCUGUGGGUGCUUUACCACUCCCUGGUCAGCGUGGGACAGCUGUGGUACUCUUUCGGUUGGGAGAGUCAGCUGCUGGAGACGGGAUUUCUGGCCAUGUUUCUGUGUCCGCUGUGGACUCUGUCCCAGGUCCCCCGUCUCUGUCCCCCCUCUCUCAUCAGCAUCUGGACCUUCAGAUGGCUCAUCGUUCGCAUCAUGCUUGGCGCUGGUCUCAUUAAAAUCAGAGGCGACAAAUGCUGGAGAGACCUCACCUGCAUGGACUACCACUACGAGACCCAGCCAGUUCCUAACCCCAUGUCCUACUACAUGCAUCGCUCCCCGUGGUGGUUCCAUCGCUUUGAGACAAUGUCAAACCACCUCAUUGAGCUUGUCUUCCCGUUCUUCACCUUCUUGGGCAGGCGGAUGUGCAUGGUCAACGGAGCAAUCCAGAUCCUGUUCCAGGUGGUUUUGAUAGUGAGUGGCAACCUCAGCUUCCUGAACUGGCUGACCAUUGUUCCCAGUCUGGCCUGUUUUGACGACGCAUCUCUGGCCUUCUUGUUUCGCUCUAGAGGCGGAGCCAAGAGGGCAGUGCUUGAGAUACAGAAUGAGGAUGCAGCUGGACGCACCCCAAAACCCACCAGAGGUAUGUUCAUACGUCGAGUGGUUAACAUUUCUUUGGGCAUUCUGAUUGGCUACCUGAGCAUCCCCGUGGUGAUGAACCUGUUCAGUUCCAGGCAGGUGAUGAACACGUCAUUCGACCCGCUGCGCAUCGUCAACACCUACGGUGCCUUUGGCAGCAUUACUAAGGAGCGUACUGAGGUGAUUUUCCAGGGCACUCUGAGCCAGGAUCCCAAAGACCCCGAAGCAAUUUGGGAGGAGUACCAGUUCCUGUGUAAGCCGGGGGACAUUUAUCAACGACCGUGUCUCAUAUCACCGUACCACUACCGGCUGGACUGGCUCAUGUGGUUUGCUGCCUUUCAGACCUACGAGCAGAGUGAGUGGGUGAUCCACAUAGCAGGACGCCUUCUGUCCAAUGACAGCACAGUCCUCUCCCUGCUUGACCACAACCCCUUCCAAGGACGAGAAACUCCCAGAUGGGUUCGAGGGGAACAUUUCAAGUACAAGUUCAGCCAGCCGGGCAGCAGCAGCGCAGCUCAGGGGAAGUGGUGGCUAAGAAAACGUAUCGGAGCUUACUUCCCUCCCGUGGACCUGGAAGGACUUAGAGGCUACUUCCAGUCCAGGAACUGGCCCCACCCACACCUACGACCAAACAGGAGCUAAAGCCAUGACCUCGGACUGCGAGAGGAGAGCUGAGGACUUCAGGGGUUGAGGUUGGAAAGAGGUCAGUUCAGUGUCAGUUUCAGUGUGACGCAGCUGAAGUCGAACACACGUUAAAAGGACCCAAAUAUAUCAUCAGGUUUUUACAGUUUGUAGUGUUUCAUAAAUAACUGCUUUAAAAACUGAAAUUAAACAUCCUGAUAUCUUCUCACAAUGAGAUUUUUUUCAAGAUUUAAUUUAGGGAUGCAUCAAAAUAUCAGAAAUUUUAACUGCCACUUGUAUCUCAUUAAAUAACCCCAGUAAAAUCCCAAAAUUGAAUGUGAUUUGACCAACAUUUCACAUUUGUUUUUCUGUCAAAAAAUGAGAGACUCAUUUUUUGACAGAACAUUUUGGGGCUGUUGCUUAGAACAGAUUGAGCUAAUUGGGACAUAACUGUUAUCUGCUCUCUGUGUCAAACCACCACUGUCAUAACACACCAAAACUAUCUUCAGUCAAGUUGCAUUUUGGGUAAUGUAGGCACUACGUUUCGACAUGGAAGAAGAAUGUGUGCAGAAUAAAAAAAUGUAAUGUCUCUU